UAACGAUAUUUUUAUUUUGUCCGUAUUUUAAUGUCAAGGAAUGACAGAUUAAGGUUAUAUCCCGGAUGAAUUUAAAAAUAAUUCAAUUAAAAUUAGACCAUGAAUACUGGUAAAAGAAGUUAAAAAGAAAAUUGCAAUGGCUUUACUAGGCGCACAAUUAGUUAUAACCCUUAUUAUGGUAUCAAUAAUACAAAAAUUCAGCAAAUAUUCAUUUGCUCGAUGGUUAUUAUGUUCUCAAGGAUUAUAUCGAUACUUAUAUCCUGAUAACAAUGAAUUAAAAACACUAGCUGGUGUACCAAAGGAUAAGCCGAAGGGUAAAAAAAGUGGCAAAUCAGAGAACGGGAAGCCGGAAACUUUUCAUGUGCCUCGUAGUUUGGAGUUGCAGCUUGAGACAGCACCAGUUACAGCACUAGAUGUUGUUCAUUUAAGAUUUUAUUCUGAGUACUUAUGGAUUGUUGAUUUUUCUUUAUAUACAAGCAUCGUCUAUAUCUUGUCUGAGAUAUAUACAAGCUUAUUCCCGUUGAAGGAUGAAUUCAAUCUGAGUAUGGUUUGGUGCCUACUUGUGGUCCUGUUUACAUUCAAAAUCUUGCUAUCCCUAACAAAGCAGUACUUCACAAGUGAUGAGUCCAUUGGAGAGAGGUCGACAUGCAUUGUGUCGUUCUGCGCCUUCCUGCUGAUAGCUAUGAUGGUGUUGAUUAUUGACGAGUCUAAUCUAGAAGUAGGUGUGGAUCCAGCUUAUGAUAGCUUCUAUGAAAAUGCAUCUAAGUUUCUUGAGAACCAAGGAUUAUCGUCAGUGGGGCCAGCUUCCAAAUUAAUAUUAAAAUUGUCUCUGGCGGUGUGGGCGGCCUUUAUUGGCACUUUAUUCACUUUCCCAGGAUUGAGGGUUGCCAGGAUGCACUGGGAUUCAUUGAGAUACUAUGAUGAUAACAAACUGAAAGUGUUACUUUUGAAUAUAAACUUUGCGAUGCCGUUUGUGCUCGUGCUACUGUGGGUGCGGCCGGUCACCAGACAUUAUUUGACUGUGAGAGUUUUUAGUGGAAUGACAACACCGCUUAUGACAUCGGAAGCGUUUGACACCCUCCGUGUUUGCCUGGUGGUGGUGUCGGUGGUGGUGAGGCUGGUGCUGCUGCCGCGCCAGCUGCAGGCCUACCUGGACAUGGCGCAGAGGAAGCUGGACUCGCAGAAGAAAGAGGCAGGCAGGAUCACUAAUAUUGAAUUACAGAAGAAGAUAGCAUCAGUAUUCUACUACCUGUGUGUGGUCGCGUUACAAUAUGUGUGUCCCAUCAUAAUGUGUCUAUUCCUGACGCUGAUGUACAAGACGCUCGGCGGCUACAGCUGGACUGGCUUGCUGUACGACACGCCGCCAGUGCCCGCCCCCACCAGGACUGUGGUCACUGGACUGGAUGUUGAAGGCAUCGAGCAGUAUCAAAUGGCUUUGGAGAAUCUGAAGAUGAUAUUCACAGUGGAGGUGCAGCGCGGGGUGCUGGGGUUCGCGAGCUGGUGGUGCUGCUUCUCCUGGUUCCUCGCCACCGCGCUCGGCGCCAUGUACCAGUCCUACUUCAGGAUAUGAACAACGGAAACUGCAACUCUCACUUUCAAUAUGACCAGAGAU